ACCCCCUAUCACACAGGAGUAGAAAGAGAAUGUUGAGAGCAGAAGGAGGACAGUGGCACAAGGGCUGAUUUUUUUUUUCCAUUUUCUUUUUCUUUUUCUUUUUUUGUUAAGCCAGGAAAGCAGUGCGCAGUCCUGGGGAGAUCAGCAACCGUGAAAUGCCUCGAAGGGAGCCUGCCAGCUACUCCUGCAGAAUCCUGAAGGUACUGAACUUCAGCUGAGGAUGGCAGGAGACUCUCGUGUCCUCAUGGACCAUAACGUGGAGAUAGGAGCAAAUCCUGCACAGGUGAAGAAGCUUCCCAAACACUUGAGGGAUGCCCAGAUCUCGACAGAGCGAACACAUCUGAUUUCUGACCCGCUAAAGAAGCCACGCCAGCGAUAUGUGCAAAAGGAUGGCAAGUGCAACGUUCAUCAUGGAAAUGUGCAAGAGACGUACCGUUACCUCAGUGACCUGUUCACCACUCUGGUGGACCUACGCUGGCGACUCAGCCUGCUCAUUUUUACUUUGGUAUAUGUAGUGAAUUGGCUCUUCUUUGGUUUCCUGUGGUGGCUGAUUGCUCUGAUCCGUGGAGAUCUGGUGCAUGCCGACGAGGAGGGUUGGACCCCCUGUGUUGAGAAUCUCAACAGUUUUGUAUCAGCCUUCCUGUUCUCCAUUGAAACGGAGACCACCAUUGGUUAUGGUUAUCGUGUAAUCACAGAAAAAUGCCCUGAAGGUAUCAUACUGCUUUUGGUACAAGCCAUCUUGGGUUCAAUUGUCAACGCUAUGAUGGUGGGCUGCAUGUUUGUCAAGAUCUCACAGCCAAAGAACCGUGCAGAGACACUCAUGUUCUCACACAAUGCUGUCAUAUCGGUGCGAGAUAACAAGAUGUGCCUGAUGUUUCGGGUGGGGGACCUGAGGAACUCUCACAUCGUAGAAGCUUCAAUCCGAGCAAAGCUCAUACGCUCACAGCAGACCAAGGAGGGGGAAUUCAUUCCACUCAACCAGACUGACAUCAACAUUGGCUUUGACACUGGAGAUGACCGCCUGUUCCUGGUGUCACCGCUUAUAAUCUCCCAUGAGAUCAAUGAGAAGAGCCCAUUCUGGGACAUGUCAUUAGUGCAAAUGGAGAAGGAGGAAUUUGAAAUCGUGGUCAUCCUUGAGGGCAUGGUCGAGGCCACAGGUAUGACAUGUCAGGCACGAAGUUCCUACCUGGACACAGAGGUCCUUUGGGGCUACCGUUUCACCCCUGUUCUCUCGCUGGAGAAUGGCUUCUAUGAGGUGGACUACAACAACUUCCACGAAGUGUACGAGACCAACACUCCCACCUGCAGCGCCAAGGAGCUAUCUGCUAAACCUCAGGAGGCGCCACUGUUGCCUCAGCUUUCCCUAAUCAGCCCAGAGCACAAAAAGCACACUUUUAACCCUUUCAACCGCCUGUCCCAACAGGAACCACUGAGUCAGGAGCGGGACGAGGAGCAGAGAGACAUGGCGAGUGACAGGGGAGAGACCAAUGGCUCAGCUGCUCCUUUGGAAGAGCCACCCUUUGCUGAUGGACGUCCUGAUUGAUUGGAUACAUCAGUUACACACCCAGGAGAGAGCGGACAAGAAAACCAGAUAAUGCAAUUCUCCAUUUAGUCAAUGGCAAGCUUGAGCCAUUGCUGAGCUUGGAGAUCUAAAACGUCCAUGCAAUAUUUCUCCGUUAGUGCGUAGGUUGGUUUUGUAGACAUGUAAGUACACUGGCACAUUACGUACAGCAUAUGUUCAGGAUAUAUACACUUAAAGGUUGGUGGUUCUGAUUGCCUUUUGAUAACUGUCAUGACCAUUUUUACUGGUACGACAGCUUAAUGAACAUAACGAGAACUGGCGCUGAAACUGACAGCCAUGACAAAGUACGAGAGGGGCUAUUAUGGAUACUCCAAUAUCCUCAUGUUAGAGUUUGUCAAUUCAACCUUAUCUGGGCAGAGUAUUAAACUCAUAACUUGGCUAAUAUGUGUGACAGCAGCUUCCAUUUGCAGCUAUUGAAAUCUUGUUUGUUUGUUUUUUUUUUAUGUGGAAGAUAAUUAUUUAUUUUAUUGGACAGGAAAUGUGCGAGGCUUAUAAUUGGUAAGACAUGCAAGGAAAAAAUGGGCCAUCUGUACUGGCAGCCACUAUUCAGUCUGUUUUCUUUGUAAUGGUCAUCAUGGUUGUAUUGUCAGAAAUAAUCUUAUGUCGAAUUGUCUCAACAAUAGACUCAGAGCCUUGACCCGAAAUUAAA